AUGGCUAGAAUAAAAAAGAAAGGGAAGUCUGGAAAUGCAAAGAACUUCAUCACCAGAAACAGAGCUUUGAGAAAACUUCAAGUUUCCUUGGCUGACUUCCGUCGUCUUUGUAUUUUCAAGGGUAUAUACCCCAGGGAACCUAAGAACAAGAAAAAAGCCAACAAGGGAUCAACUGCACCAACCACAUUCUAUUAUGGCAAGGAUAUCCAAUAUUUGAUGCAUGAACCGGUGUUGGCAAAGUUUAGAGAGCACAAGACCUUCUCCAAGAAAUUACUGAGAGCCUUGGUCAGAAACGAGAUUAGCGAUGCUGAGAGAUUGGAGAAGCACAGACCCAAAUACACUCUUAACCACUUGGUUAAAGAGAGAUACCCGACCUUCGUUGAUGCUUUAAGAGAUCUUGACGACCCUUUGAACAUGUUGUUCUUGUUUGCCAACAUGCCAGCGACGAAAGGUGUGAACUCCAGAGUUAUCAAGGAUGCGCAAACUUUAAGCAACCAGUGGCUAGCAUACUGUGCCAAAGAGAGACUCAUAAAGAAAGUUUUUGUGUCGAUCAAAGGUGUGUACUACCAGGCCAAUGUGAAAGGACAAGAAAUCAGAUGGUUGGUCCCAUUUAAGUUUCCCUCAAACAUUCCAUCCGACAUUGACUUCAGAAUCAUGGUGACUUUUUUGGAGUUCUACUCGACAUUAUUGCACUUCGUUUUGUUUAAGUUGUACAGUGACGCUGGUUUGGUUUACCCACCUCCUAUAAACACAGAGCAGUUGAAGGGUAUUGGUGGCUUAUCUUCAUAUGUCUUGAAAUCAAAAGACCAUGGUGUUAAUUCUUUGCUUCCUGCAACAAAAGAUGAGUCGUCAGCCGGAAAUGAGGAUUCCGAAGACGAGGCCGUGGAGGGCAAGGCAUUGUCCAAGGAGGAAAUUGAGAAAGCCAAGAGAGCUGAUGAGGAUGAGGCUCAAUCUGAACAAGAGAUCGACAUCGAGGAUACUGAGGAUGUUGAGCUCGAUCAAUUCACUUCCAAGAAUAAGGACACAGGUGAUACGCUAGCUCAACCCUCCAAAUUUUCCCAUCCUACCUCCGUUCUUUUUACAAAUCUUAUCUUUUUUGUUGGCCGUGAAGUCCCUUUGGAUAUCUUGGAACUUUGCAUCUUGUCCGCCGGAGGCAAGCUUAUCUCUGAGAUUGCCAUGGAUGAGAUGAAAGUGAACCUGCCCGAGGCGUACGCAAAGCUUGACUUGAGCAACAUUACACACCAAAUCGUCGACAGACCAAAGAUAAACAAAAAGGUUCCAGGACGUACGUAUGUUCAGCCUCAAUGGGUCUUCGAUUCUAUCAAUAAAGCAGAACUUUUACCAGUGGGCCACUACGCUCCGGGUGAGACACUUCCACCACAUUUGUCGCCAUGGGGUGAUUCGGGUUCAUACGACCCAGAGGCAAACAAGGAUGCUGCUGGUGAUGCCGAAUCUGAAGAGGAUGAUGAAGUUGCAGUUGAGGGCGAUGAAUCACCUGACGAAGAGGAGAGUGAAGAUGAAGAGGCUGCUCGUGAGCAAAAGGAACUCGAGUUGGAGGCUGCUGGUAUCAAGUACUCCGAUAAUACUGAGCUGGAGAAGAAGAAAAAGACGAAGCCUGUGAAGUCAGCUGAAGAGGAGGAGAAGGAGUUGAAGAAAAUUAUGAUGUCGAACAAGCAGAAGAGAUUGUACAACAAGGUGCAAUAUGGUGUGGAAAAGAAGGAUAGUAGAGCUGAAAAGUUAGCUAAAAAGAGAAAGCAGCUUGAUAAGGCCAAGAAGCAGUUGGAGAAGUUGGACAAGAAAUAG